GCUGUCAUGGCAACGACGAUGCUGAUCAUCAGUCUGUAAUGGGUAAAACCGCUCGCACAGAAUCUGGAGCUCACAGAAUCUUUUUAAACUUCUGACGAGCAAGGUUGCAUACUAGACCUAGCAGGGUGUUGCCGACGUUUGGUGUCAAAUUUGAAUCCUUGUGAAAUCCAAGCAUUUUACUUCACGAAAAACAAACAUGGCGAGCUAUACAAAGCUUCAGUGUGUCGCCUGGUGUCUGCUGAUGUUGAUGGUCAACUUGGCGAAAGCACAAAGUGUCGAAGCCGCUGUCGGACUUGGCGUGGGAAUCAUUGUCGCCAUCAUCAUUGGUGUCCUUGUCGCUGUCGUUGUCGUAAUUGUCCUGUGUGCCUGCUGCUGCUACCACUGCUGCUGCAAGAAACAGCAAGUCACCCACAACACCGUGGUAAUGGCAGGUCCACCUCAACAGCAGGGCAUGGUCAUGCAACAGGAGCACCAAAUGCCGCCGAGCUACGAUAAGGAGUCUCAGCAGGUAGCCUAGCUCCGCACAUACCCGCACUGGAAUUCGAACAGCGACACUGGGCCAUCGACUAGCCUUCUCUCCAGCUCCCAAGGAUGCAUUCGUUAACAGUGACUUAUUUUGACGCCUCGCUCGUUUUGAAAGGCAGUUGCAUUGUACAUCGAUUCACACGGUGCUUUCUGUUCUUUUUAAAACCAAAUGGUCAAAUUUCUUCAGAUUGCAUUAACUUAAAAGAAAUAUGUCUCUAUUGAAUGGUACAUGUAUUCAAUUGCACCAUACGACCCUUAAUGCCUGGUCAAUUUAACUGUUGUUUUUUAAAAGUAAGAUCUUACCCUUUUUUAUGGAAUUCAGAACAUUUUUUUUUACUUGCAGUUGAAGAAACAUCAGAUAUUUCAGUUGGUUUACAGUAUUUGGACAGUCGGUAGCCCACUUUAAUUUUUCUGUAAAUUUGUGUAAAUAUUUUUAAAAUGUUUAAGGUUUGGGGUCUGAUUUUCAAUCCGAGCUGAAUCUUUCUCAAAGGCUGAAUUUUUUUAAACUUUUUUAAACCAUUCUUUGUGUAACUUUUUUUUGUAAAUUUCGAAAUCCUUUCCCUGUACGCAAGAUGAUUCAAAGACUGUAACGCAAUAUUACUGGCCUUAGACCCUGUUUCGGUGAUCUUUACUUCAAAGCGGCUUGAUACGAGACUAAAAUAUUUUAACAUGUACAUAAUAACAAUUGAAAUUCAGAGUGCACAGGUUUGUUGAAGAAUAAAUGAAUCGCUCGCCCUAAGUUGAAGGCUUUUAAUAAAAUUAUGUCUAGACUCGAGGUUUGAUUGACAUUA